ACUCAGCCGCGGCUGCGGGACCCGGGCACCGGGAGGCGGUGGCGGCGGCGGCGGCGGUGGCAGCGGCCACAGCAGAGGGGGACGAGGAGGAAGAAGGAAAGAAAAAGAAGAGCCAGGCGGAGCCCGCAGCCACGACAGCGCGGACUGCGGGACCGGGGUAAAGAGGCGGCGGCGGCGGCGGCGGCCCAGCAACCGUGAGGAGAAACAAAAGCCUUCUAAAUUAUAGUUUAAAAAAAAAGAUCCGGGAGAAAAGAGAGAGAGAGCCAAGGGGGGAGGCCUUUCUCCUUUAGAGUAACUACGGUAGUGGGUUUUUACUUUUUUUCCCUCUUUGUUUUUUCCCCCCCGUGCGGAGAAUCGAACUGAGAGAACUGAACAAACCGCCCCUGGGUCCCAUGAGGGAAAAAAACCCCGGAGCCGCAGAGAGGGGAAGAGGCAGAAACCGCAGGACCUUCCAGGUCGCCCGCUGGGUCCCCGCACCCCCAGGCCGCCAGCUCGCCCUCGUCGCGUCUCGCUAAUCCCUCCCGAUCACGCUCCCUCCCCACCCCCGCCGAGGGAGAGCCCGGUGUUUCCAGCCCCUUUCAUGGGGGAGAGGAGGCCGGGGGGAGCCCAGGGACGACGACCGCAGCAGGAUCUGCACCCGGAGCCUCAGGAGCAGCCCCAGAGGCCACAGCUGCGCCCUGCGAAAGAGCAGAAGCAGGACCAGGAACAGCAGAGAGCUCCGUGCGAUCAUCUUUCCAUUAGUCCAUGCUGACUUCCUCUCCCGCAACCAGGAGUUCACCCCCCCUUCCAGCCCCAGAUAACCUAAUAUAAUCUAUCUAUAUAAAUAUAUAAUAUAUAAUGUUCUUAAAUUAUUCCUGAUUUUUUUUAACCAAGCUGCCAAGAAAAGAACAUAUUCUCCCCUUAGCCCUAUUCUAAUUUUUAUGUGAGUGAAUCUAAACUGCUGGGGAAGAUCUUAUGUGAUUGUUAAAUUAUAUAUAUAUAUAAAUAUAUUUUUACUCUGCUCAAUGCUUAUUCUUCUACAUCCAUAGAUGCUUGAGAAGCCGUGUUUUUGUCAUUCAUGUACAUUUUCCUUUGGAAAAAGAAAGCGCCUAUUUUACUAACCAAAGACUUGAUUUUUACCCUCUCCAUUUUUAUUCCCUCCUAGAAAGAAGCCCAAUUGGAUUCAUGUCAGUGUUUUAAGAGAUUUUUUUUUUUUUUUGUAGUUGUGAAUUUUUUUUUCUUUCAGAGACCAGAAUUCUAAAUCAGAACUCCUUAGGGUGAUAAGCUGCAGUCAUUGGGCUAGCUAUACAUCAGAUUUCAAGCGAGCAAACAACUGAAAUUUUGAAUAGAGAGGUGGGGGCAAAAAGAGACGGGAGACAUCAGGUUGUCAUUUUUGGCUGAGCAGAUUCUGAUCCUAAAAAUAAUAAAUGGGGGAUUACGGGUUUGGAGUGCUAGUGCAAAGCAAUACUGGGAACAAAUCUGCUUUUCCAGUUAGAUUCCAUCCGCACCUGCAGCCUCCACACCAUCACCAAAAUGCCACCCCCAGCCCUGCUGCUUUUAUAAAUAAUAACACAGCUGCCAACGGCAGCAGCGCUGGCUCAGCCUGGCUCUUUCCUGCUCCCGCUACCCACAACAUUCAGGAUGAGAUCUUGGGGUCAGAAAAAGCAAAAAGUCAGCAGCAGGAACAGCAAGACCCCUUAGAGAAGCAGCAGCUCUCCCCCAGUCCAGGCCAAGAAACUGGAAUACUGCCUGAAGCGGAGAAGGCGAAGUCGGAAGAAAAUCAAGGGGACAAUUCUUCGGAAAAUGGCAAUGGGAAGGAGAAGAUAAGAAUCGAAUCACCAGUGUUGACAGGCUUCGAUUACCAGGAGGCCACGGGGCUAGGUACUUCGACCCAACCCUUGACAUCCAGUGCGUCCUCUCUCAGCGGCUUCAGUAACUGGUCAGCAGCGAUAGCGCCUUCUUCUUCCACCAUAAUCAAUGAAGAUGCAAGUUUUUUCCAUCAGGGAGGGGUCCCUGCUGCGUCGGCUAAUAACGGUGCUCUGUUGUUUCAAAAUUUUCCCCAUCAUGUCAGCCCAGGCUUUGGAGGCAGCUUCUCCCCUCAGCUCGGGCCUCUUUCGCAGCACCACCCUCAUCACCCUCAUUUCCAGCAUCAUCACAGCCAGCAUCAGCAGCAGAGGAGAUCUCCUGCCAGCCCCCAUCCCCCACCCUUCACACAUAGAAGUGCUGCUUUUAACCAGCUCCCUCAUUUGGCGAAUAAUCUUAACAAACCCCCUUCUCCGUGGAGCAGCUACCAGAGCCCCUCUCCAACCCCAUCUUCUUCCUGGAGCCCCGGAGGUGGCGGAUAUGGUGGCUGGGGAGGUUCCCAAGGCCGAGAUCACCGCAGAGGGCUGAAUGGUGGAAUAACACCCCUGAACUCCAUCUCGCCUUUGAAGAAGAAUUUUGCAAGCAAUCAUAUUCAGCUCCAGAAGUAUGCUCGCCCCAGCUCUGCCUUUGCUCCUAAAUCCUGGAUGGAAGAUAGCUUGAACAGGGCUGACAACAUUUUUCCUUUCCCGGAUCGCCCCAGGACAUUUGACAUGCACUCACUGGAGAGUUCACUCAUUGAUAUAAUGAGAGCUGAAAAUGAUUCCAUUAAAGGUCGUCUAAACUAUUCAUAUCCAGGAUCCGAUAGCUCUCUGCUUAUUAAUGGUCAGUCUUCACUGUUUCCAAUGGAAGAUGGAUUUUUGGAUGAUGGCCGUGGGGAUCAACCUCUGCAUAGCGGCCUGGGUUCACCUCACUGCUUCACUCACCAGAAUGGGGAAAGAGUGGAACGGUAUUCUCGCAAGGUGUUUGUGGGCGGAUUGCCUCCUGACAUUGAUGAAGAUGAAAUCACAGCUAGUUUUCGUCGCUUUGGCCCUUUGAUUGUGGACUGGCCUCAUAAAGCAGAGAGCAAAUCCUAUUUUCCUCCUAAAGGCUAUGCAUUCCUGCUGUUUCAAGAUGAAAGCUCUGUUCAGGCUCUCAUUGAUGCAUGUAUUGAAGAAGAUGGUAAACUCUACCUGUGUGUAUCAAGUCCCACUAUCAAGGAUAAGCCAGUACAGAUUCGGCCAUGGAAUCUCAGUGACAGUGACUUUGUGAUGGAUGGUUCACAGCCACUGGACCCACGGAAAACUAUCUUUGUUGGCGGUGUUCCUCGACCAUUACGAGCUGUGGAACUUGCGAUGAUAAUGGAUCGGCUAUAUGGAGGUGUGUGCUAUGCUGGGAUUGAUACCGACCCUGAGCUAAAAUACCCAAAAGGAGCUGGGCGAGUUGCGUUCUCUAAUCAACAGAGUUACAUAGCUGCUAUCAGUGCCCGCUUUGUUCAGCUGCAGCAUGGAGAGAUAGAUAAACGGGUGGAAGUUAAGCCAUAUGUCUUGGAUGAUCAGCUGUGUGAUGAAUGUCAGGGGGCCCGUUGCGGGGGAAAGUUUGCUCCAUUUUUCUGUGCUAAUGUUACCUGUCUGCAGUAUUACUGUGAAUAUUGCUGGGCUGCUAUUCAUUCUCGUGCUGGCAGGGAAUUCCACAAGCCCCUGGUGAAGGAAGGCGGUGACCGCCCUCGGCAUAUUUCAUUCCGCUGGAACUAAAGGAUAACUAACUACAGUGCUCAUUUUCAGGCCUCAGAAUAAGUGCACUCUUCUGUUAAUUGUGGCCCCUUCCUCACCCUCCUCACGCGGCAUGUCCUUUUGUAGCAGUCUGUAACUUAACAAUAGUAUAAUGAGAAGAAUGACCUAUAAUAUAGGUGUUUUGUAGAUUCUUGUGUCACUGCAAACAAUACAUAUGAACUCCUUUUUCUUAUUGACAUCAGGUUGCAUGGAAGUUUUAAUCUCUUGUUCUGCCGGAGACCAAGAGGAUCCAAACUUCCUGCAACAUUUUCUUAGAGGAGAGAAAGAAUUAUUAAAAGAGAAAUUAAACAAUAGAGUAUUUUGGGUUUUUAAUUAAAUUAUUGUUAAUAAUAUAACAUAUAAGAAUACUUUUAUUAAAAUAACCAUGCAACAGUAACACUAUCGGUCUAUCCUGACACAACUUUUCCCCCAGGAAAGUGCUUUUGCCUUUUCCUUUCCUUUCUUUCAUCUUUUUUGUCUCUCUUUUUUUCAUCCCCUUUUUAUUCUUUUAACAGCAAUGGAGGAAGUUAACAAUUAUUAACAGGAAAGAGCAUGUUAAAGCAAACAAAUGCAUGAGCAAGACUGAGCAGCAUUAUAAUUAAUUUUAAGGGUUUUGAGGCUGACUAUAAUUUUAUUAUGUCUCAAAGUUACUACCACAUCAGAAAAAAAAUAGUGAAGUAGGCAGAGCUAUGUUUAUUUUCUUUUAAGAGCUUUUAAAAGUCAGAAUGUAGAAUUGGGUAAAUUUACUACUGAGGGGAGUGCACUUAUUUAACUUACUUAUCUGGUCACAGCCCCAGGAAACCUACCAAAGCUAGAGUGAAUGACAACUGGUGGGAAAACUAGCAUUUCCUCUCCUGAAGAACAAAUGUAUACAUUUUAUUUUUGAUGUUAUAUAUAAACUCUAUAUCCUAAUUUACUAACACACAUCAGGUGUCAGCCUUUGCUCUCCAUUUUGACGUUUUUUUU